GGUGACCGUCUGCAUGCAGCUGGUGGUGACUGACUGGUUGAAAAGCACUGGUUAAUAUUUUUUCUUAUUUGAAAAAAUUCGAGUUGAUGAAUUGGUUAAAUGAACACCAUGGAGGUUUGUACUCCUGACACAAGGGCAGAAUCUUCUCCGUCUCCUGACCUUGUAAAUAUCAUGAACAUGCCUGUAGUUGCAGUCUCCCCUUCGAGCAUCAAUGCAUCCGAUGACGGCAAUGAGCUUCAAAGUGAUGGGCUCAGUACCACCAUGGAUGACACUCAAACCACCUUUGGCAACUCAUCUUUUGGUCUAAGUUCCAACCAAGAUAUUGUGAAGCACGCAGAUGAAAAAGAACUUUAUAAAAACUGUUCAGUUGAAAUAUCGUCCAGUGAUCCAUUUCCUGACAAAAUCAAAAUCAGAAAAGUCGGCAAUGGCACUGCAGUAAUAAGUUCCUCUGUGGUUCUUGAUGAUAGUAAAGUCACCCCACAAAUUCAUACCCAGAAUAGCAGUGAAAGAAAUGUGUCCACUGAGUCCAUUUCUGAACAAAAUUCUUUGUUGAUGGAAGCAAACAAUGAAGGAAUUAAUGAUCACGAUGCCAAUGGGAGUGAGGCUUCUGAUGAUAUAAAGGGACGUUUCAACCUGCGUAAACGUAAGCUCAUGUCAGGAUCAUACGAUGGGCUUGGCAGCUAUGAAGUCUCAGAUGAUGACUUGCUUCCUUUAGUGCAAGUUCAAAGACGCAAGAGACGAAUUGGUGCAGGGUACACAUAUGACAUGCAACGCAUCACAACCGCGCUUAAAGCCAUCAGGACAACUGGAUGCUCCAUCAAGCAGGCAUCCAUCGAAUAUGGCAUCCCUAGGACAUCACUCUUCCGGUACCACCAGCAGCAGAUGGAGGAAAAUCAAUUGCAGUUGCAGUCCAGCAAGGAGGCAUCGCCUGAACCACUUUCCAAAGACACAUCCUAUACCAGCAUCCCACUUGGUGGCAGUGCAGUCAACGGCGGGGAGCUUCAAAAGCUUUCUGCACCAAGAGUCAGCUUCAAAAUGAGCUCUACGGAGGAGUGCCAGCUUGCUGCCUAUGUGUCCCUGCUAAGCCGCUCUGGAAAAUGUCUAUCCUACUCUGAUAUCAAAGUUAUAGCUGAGCAUAUUGUGCGAUCCUGUGGUAAGGGCAAGCCAAAGAGCAGAAGUCAAAUUAGUCCAACUUCGGGAUGGAUUCAAAAGUUUAGACUACGGCAUCCAGAGCUCAACUAUAAAACUCUUGAGCAUUCAUCUAUGAAGCUGGGUGAGCCAUCUCGAGGUGAUCUAUUGAGAUGGCAAAAUGAUCUUGAGAGUUUCUUGAAAGUAGACUGGAAGCUGGACCCUCCCUCAAUGUUUAGCGAGGAAUGUGCUAGUCGUAUUUAUACUUGUGAUGAAAUUCUCAUAGCAUUCAGUAAACUCGACAAUAAAGGUGAGAAAGUGCCGCUUAAAUCUCUACUGAACAGUUCCAGCAAUGAAGAAAAGCAGCUGGUGACUGUGAUAGCUGCUGCGUCCGCCUCAGGCGACUAUCUCAAGCCAUUUUUCUUGUCACCGUCUACCGCCCCAGACUUCUCGAAGUUCCCUACGCUGGACACCUCCACCUACCAUGCUGUUCCCUGUAGCUCAGGGCUCGUUACACCGGAGAUCUUCAUGCAGUGGAUGAUUAACUUCGAGGCACACCUCACCUCCAAGAACAUCCCCCGCCCCGUCGUUCUGCUCAUGGAUGACCACGCUGCCCAUUUCCAUAUCGGUGUCUUCCUCUAUUGCCUGGAUAAACAAAUAAUUCCCGUGUGUCUGCCCCCAAGACUCAACAAACUCUUGCAGCCUUUACUUGGCAAUUUUUUCCCGAAGCUCAUGAUGGCUUACCAAGCUUGUUGUAAGCGAUACUCGGCUAAGACUGGCGAGGUUAUAUCGCAUGCUUGUUUCCCUUACGUCAUGAUGAAAGCUUGGACUCUCGUCACUAAACCUAAAUUCGUCAUCGACGGGUUUCGCUCUUGUAAUUUAAUCCCAAUGACCGUGACUCAACUCGCACCGCCUGCCUCCCCCUCGCAGGAGGCAAAAAUUCCUACCGAAAAUGAUGCUGUUGAUUUAGUGAAAGUUAAAAGUGAAUCUGCCGAGCUGCUUUCAGAAGACUGUGAAUCUUCUUCAGUUCCAGACGAGACUCCUCUUAAUGCCGAGGCGAAAAGCGCUAAAAAUACACUUGCUAGACCCUUUAAGAAAUGCAAGCUGUCCAAGCCUAUAGGUUCAUCUCAAAGCAACGGCUCUGCAGUCAUUCCAUCCUCUACUUCCCACACUAUUGGAACGUCCUCAGCUACUCGCGAAGUUCCCGCAGUAAAGCCAACUGCCGCCUGCAGUACGCCUUCACAGGUACUGCUGGGAGACAAUCUCGUAUCGGAUGAGCGCAGGACUGGCAGACGCGAAGGCAUCGAGAUUUGCUUCUCGGUUUUGGAGUCUUUUGUUCCAGCGGACAUCUUGCCGGUGUGGCGGCAGCGCUCCGCCUCUCACACGGGCACCUGCGAGAUCGGCUAUUGCAUGUGGAAGGCAGUGCAGCUCUUGAGCAAGGGUGGCGUCGACAUGCUGGGAAAAACUCAGCCUCAGGUGCUGCAGCACACUGGGUCUACACCACAACAGUAGCGAGAUGAACAAUUACCUCAACAUUUCAGUAGCUGCAAUGCAGGGCACUGUCUCAGCGCCACGUGGGCUAUCCUGCAUCGCGGCCUUGAUUUUGGUCAUUGCCGUUCAGCCUAGUCGUGCUGCUUUGUGAACUCUUACUCCUAAAUAUGUAAUUACUCAUUCAGAUCUGAUUCAUUUGUGUGAAACUUAAAGUUUCCUUUGUCACAACUUAUGCAGCUGUUAACUAUUUCUGUUCCAUUUUCUGAUGUGUUCUGUUUUUAUGAGUUGUUGGAUGAAUUGUGCCAUUGGUACCUGAACAUGCUCCUGGGGAGCAUUUUAUUUUGAAACCUUGACAAAUGUUUGGUAAAAUUUGUUGUUCAUUUUUUAAUAUCUAGUUGAAGACUGACUCUUCGGUCUUCGAACGGAUCUUAUUUGUAUUAUGGCUCGGUAUUCCGUUAUGACACUGGUUUCUAAACUUGCAUGCUUGGUUUUCAAUUUAUUUUUAUCAUUUAUCGGAAACUAUUUCUAUUGUGCAGUGUAAUGAUUAUCUCUUUGAUCGAACAUUUUAUUGUAUGCGAUGUUUUUAUUGUCAGUGAUAUUGUGGACUCAAUUCAGUAGUACUGAAUUCUCAAAGCAAUGACAAAGGGCCUCAUGCCGUCACCUACUAUUUUUGUACAUUUUCUUGGCAUUAAAUAUAUGAUUAAAUUUAUGUUUUAAGCAUUUGACACCUAUUCUAUAUUUGAUGCCAUGAUUCGUAGACUUUGUACAUCUUGGGUGCCGAUGACGAACCCUCAACACUUGCUACAAAUUGUCUUCAUUUCUUGCUACACGAGUAGGAGGAGUAGGAGUUGCAGCCUAAAUAUUGAAAUGUAAUAAUUAAAAUAGCGUGCUCUGAUGCAAAAAUUUUUCUUGAUAUUCAACCUCCGCCUCAUUCUUAGUGUCGUUUCCUCUCGAUUUUCUGUUGUAAAUUGGCAUCAUCGCUAUUCCUUGUGUUGGUUUAACAAGAGUGCGUCCUAAAAAAGUCUCCUUUACUCGAGCAAUUCUCAAAUUUUCAUUGUAACUGCUCGUUUCUGAACUUAUUUUGUAUGCUAUUCAGUGUGAUACGUGUGACGUCAAGUUUAGCUUUUCAAGUUGCUGGUCUUUAGGUACUCAGUGACUGUUGAAAUUUUAGCUUAUUGCUGAGAAAAAAACUUAUUUGCAGAAUAUGUGUGCAACGACGAGUCGACUAUCUGGAAAUUAGGACCAUACGUUAUUGGUAGAAUUGAUCAUUCCUUUGGCACUAAUCGUGACCCAUAUUAUAGCUCAUAAUUUAAAACGUACAUUAUUAUUAUUAUGUAAAACGUAGAAUUGAACAUUUUUGUACAGAGAUUUCUCUCUCGUGUAGGGCAGAAAGUGCGUUGGCCUAAAUUUCUUACCUGCCUAUGGCGCACUUAUCUAUUGCUGGAUGGUCUGCCUCUUCACCAGAUAAAUUCUUACAGUGCGCACACAGCGGAAUAUCGCGUUUCAAUAGAAAGAAAACUUCCAGAGUAGAAGUAUUAUUUGAACAUGUGUUGCAUCAGCAUGGGUAUAAAUUGAAAAUCUUGUGUUUAUUUCAAGAGUUACAAUGGAGUAUUGAUAAUUGUAAUAGGGGUGUGAAUGUUUGUCGAGUGUAUGAAUGAAUGUGCCUGGGAUUGCUUAUAUUAUAAAUUUUUGUCGGUUUGAAUGAAGUUAAGUAUGUUGGUUAAUGAAUUAAUGAAAGAUUUAUUUAGUACUCAAUGUGUCUUUUGAGUGAAUGAGCUGAAAAUAGGAUCUAAAUGUUUGUUUAGAGAAGGAAAUGCAAUUUUUCAAUCGGGUUGUAGCUCGUUCAACUACGAAUGAAAAUUCUAUUGAGUUGAUUUUUGUAAUAUUAAUGGAUAAAUUAAAUUUCAAUUUUUUCCCAAUUGAUGCUUUAUUAAAGAAUUGGAGUCGGGUGGGUAAUUUGAAUUGCAGCUUAUAUUUCGAUGUCAUCCAUGCAUGCAUUUAGAAUAACGCACCUAAAGCAGACCAGAUCGUGCUGUGCGUGUUUUAAACAACAGAGAUUGCCUUAUUAUUUAUUUUUCGUUAGUCAUUUGUCUACAAGCUACCCUAUCUGAACACAUGCAAAGCUAUUAUCCAAGCGUUUUGCAUUUAACGUAGCACAGAAUUGUAUAAUUAAUGAAGUCUAAAAUGUAAAUGUAUUGAAAAUGUGUAAAAAAUAUUUAAUGCAAAUUCAUGUAAAAACUGUACAUAAAGCUGUGAGGUCUCGGAUGAAUGAUCCAACUAAUGUAGCAAUGAUUUUCUCAUAUUUUAGUGUGUAAGAAGGUAACUUUAAAUUUGCACCUAUUGUGUUAGGAUUUAAUUUUAUAAUUAUUUAUUUUGUGCUCUAGAUAGCAGCAUUUUUCCAUCGAGACUGAGUUGCAAGA